AUUUUCAGCAAUGUCAGAAAUCACCAAAAAACGUCAUAUCGCAGCCUGCUCAUGAUCAAGCCAACUUUUGAUCAAAGUUUUGACGAAGAGCAACGCCAACUAUUUAGCAUGGCUCGUCCAAUUUACCCCUGAUACGUCUUAACUCAACCCACUCCCAAGCCAGCAAAAGCUACGAUGGAGUCUCCGUUCCCCAAGUCAUCUUCCGCGGCCGGCGAGGGCGAGAUCAUAGCCCAGCUCCUGCCCAAUGGCUUGUCAGGUCUCAAGGGCAUGUCAUACCAGUACCCCCUGAAACUCAUCUCUCCGACACCGGCAGUCGACCAGAAAAGCGUUCUGGUAUUUCUACUCUCCUACGGCGGUGGACUCGUCGGAGGCGACAGCGUCAAUCUGUCUAUCCGUACUCUACCGGGAUCAAAACUCAGUAUUGUCACACAGGGUCAUACGAAGAUCUUCAAGUCCGCGUCUCCUGACAUCAUCACGCGUCAAACGCUCAGCGUCCACAUAGAAGAUGAUUCCGGCAUCUGCCAGUUGCCAGAUCCAGUUCAGCCUUUUGAUGGAAGCGUUUACGAGCAGACCCAGAUAUUCACAGUUGCUCCUAACGCAUCUCUGUGUCUACUGGACUGGGUGACUCAAGGCAGAACGGCGCGCGGUGAGGAUUGGAGCUUUGUCAAAUGGACAGGCCGCAACGAAAUCUGGCUGGAAAAAGAAGACCCAAGCCAGAAGAACCGGUUGUUGGUGCGAGACACAGUCAUCUUAGACAGAGACAGCCAAGGCCUAGUAGGGAGGUCGCUACGAGACUCUAUGCAUGGAAACGGCCUCUUUGGAACUCUGAUCUUGAGAGGGCCCCAGAUGCAAUCACUAGGCAAUUUCUUCCUCGAAGAAUUCGGUGCUUUGCCUCGUAUCGGCGCGAGGGAUUUCAGAUCAGCGGAGGCGAAAGCGAAGGAAGAAAGCAACUUGACGGAGCAUGAAUUAUGGAGACUCAAGCGCAUAGAGAUGGAGACGAAGGAUGGUAUCUUGUGGUCAGCUGCGAAGGUCAGGGGAUGUGUUAUUGUGAAGUUUGGAGCAACUACAGUUGAGGCUGGUCGGCUGUGGAUUGGCAUCAUGCUGAGUCGAGAAGGCACAGUUGCAAGAGUCUAUGGGGAGCAAGCGUUGAUGUGCGUAAAAUGAAGCCUUUCUUCUUCUCGAUUAGUAUGAGGAAAUACCGGCACUAGCAAAAUAAGCAAAGCAGCUCUUCUGGCUUUUGUGG